AUGGCGUCUCCGGGAGCGCUGGAGCCGGCGGCCGGCAGCGUGCCGGGCACCAAGGUGGAGCUCACCGUGUCCUGCCGGAACCUGCUGGAUAUGGACACCUUCUCCAAGUCUGACCCAGUGGUGGUCCUCUUCGUACAGGGCUCGGGGAGCAGUGAGUGGAAGGAGUUUGGGCGCACCGAGGUGAUCGACAACACCCUGAAUCCCGACUUCGUCCGCAAGUUUGUCCUUGACUACUACUUUGAGGAGAAGCAAAACCUCCGCUUCGAUGUCUACAACGUGGACUCCAAGAGCUGCUCCGUUUUAAAGCAGAAGGACUUUCUGGGGCAGGCGUUCGUGGCACUGGGGGAGGUGAUCGGGUCCCAGCGGGGCCGCCUGGAGAGAGCCCUCACGGGGGUCCCAGGGAAGCGAUGUGGGACCAUCCUGCUGCUGGCCGAGGAGCUGAGCAACUGCCGGGACAUCAUCACGAUGCAGCUUUGUGCCAACAAGCUGGACAAGAAGGACUUCUUUGGAAAAUCCGACCCCUUCCUCGUCUUCUACCGCAGCAACGAGGAUGGCACCUUCACCAUCUGCCAUAAGACGGAGGUGGUGAAGAACACGCUCAACCCGGUGUGGCAGCCCUUCACCAUCCCCGUGCGUGCCCUCUGCAAUGGCGACUAUGACCGGACGGUGAAGAUAGACGUCUACGACUGGGACCGGGAUGGGAGCCACGACUUCAUCGGGGAGUUUGCCACCAGCUACCGGGAGCUCUCCCGAGCGCAGAGCCAGUUCACGGUGUAUGAGGUGCUGAACCCCAGGAAGAAAUGCAAGAAGAAGAAAUAUGUGAACUCCGGCACUGUGACUCUGCUUUCCUUUUCCGUCGAGUCUGAGUUCACCUUCGUUGACUACAUCCGGGGCGGGACGCAGCUGAAUUUCACCGUCGCCAUCGAUUUCACGGCCUCCAAUGGGAUGCCGUCGCAGCCCACCUCGCUGCACUACGCGAGCCCCUACCAGCUGAGUGCCUACGCCCUGGCGCUGAAGGCGGUGGGGGAGAUCAUCCAGGACUACGACAGUGACAAGCUCUUCCCUGCCUACGGCUUCGGCGCCAAACUCCCACCCGACGGCAAGAUCUCCCACCAGUUCCCCCUGAACAACAAUGUGGACAAUCCCAGCUGCGCCGGCAUCGAGGGCGUGCUGGAGUCCUACCUCCAGAGCCUGCGCACCGUCCAGCUCUAUGGUCCCACCAACUUCGCCCCCGUCAUCAACCAGGUGGCUGGGGCGGCCGCCCAGGUGACCGACGGCUCUCAGUACCACGUCCUCCUCAUCAUCACCGAUGGCGUCAUCUCUGACAUGCUGCAGACCAAGGAAGCCAUCGUCACCGCUUCCGCCUUGCCCAUGUCCAUCAUCAUCGUGGGAGUGGGUCCUGCUGAGUUUGAGGCCAUGGAGGAGCUGGAUGGUGAUGAGGUACGGGUGUCAUCCCGGGGACGCUACGCCGAGAGGGACAUUGUACAGUUUGUGCCAUUUCGGGAUUAUGUGGACGACUCGGGAAACCAGGUGCUGAGCAUGGCCCGCCUGGCCAAGGACGUGCUGGCCGAGAUCCCCGAGCAGCUGCUCUCCUACAUGAAGACCCGCGACAUCAAGCCUCGCCGGGCGGACCCCCAGUAG